UUCAAUUCAAAAUGUAACGGACAUCGAGGAGCGCGCGAAGGUUUUCAGAGAGUCAGAACGCAGAAUUUUGUCUCUGAGAUCCAGAAGCGAGAGAAGAGCAGGACCGAGCUGAACAUCUCCACACAGAACCGGGUUCAGAAACACAAACAUGCAGGGGGAAAGAGCUUCUAUCCGCAGGCUCGCCGGCAGGGAGACAGGAGAAGGAUGUUGCCCCCUCUCAACAUGAACCACUACGCUAAUAAGAAGAGCGCGGCGGAGAGCAUGCUGGACGUCGCGCUGCUGAUGGCUAAUGCCUCUCAGCUGAAGGCCGUGCUGGAGCAGGGCACAGACUUCGUCUUCUACGCUCCACUCAUCACACUCAUCAGCAUCUCACUCAUACUGCAGGUCAUUGUCGGAGUUCUGCUCAUCUUUAUCGUGAAGUGGAAUCUGAAUGAUGAAAGUAAACAUUACCAGCUGAACGUACUGGAAAACAUCUCCACUGCCCUCGUCUUCAUCAUCGUCGUGGUGAACAUCUUUAUCACUGCGUUCGGCGUGCAGAAACCCAGGAGUGGCUCGUGACCUUCACGCCGAGUGCACACAUCAGGUCUGAGGCUGUGAGACACCUCCAACAUGACUCGGGUUCUACAAGCUACAGAGGAAAAGAGCGUUUUCACCAUCACCAGACCUGCUGAUGUUCUCCAUGGCUGAGUGUACGAGAGAGCGAGUGAAUGAGUGAAUGAGUGAGUGAAUAAAUGAGUGAGUGAAUAAAUGAAUGAGUGAAAGAAUAAGUGAGUGAAUGAAGGAGUGAGUGAAUGAAUAAG